AUGUUAGCGGUACCCAAGUAUGAUCGUUUUUGGAACGACUCGCUGACGCCCUCGGAGAAGCCAGCCAUGAGCAGCAAGGUCGCCCCGGCCACCCCGCUCCCUUCCCCGCCGCCCCCCACUCCCGCUGCCCCCUUGAACCCCCCUUGCCCUCCUCCCCUGGGCGAGGAGCAAGAGGUGGUCACCACCUUCUGCAUGCUGAUCCCAAAGAUGCCCCAGUGGAAAUUCUCUAGUCCAUCUAGCUUCCUCAGCCGCAGCCCCUCGAGUGCCAGCAAGGAGCUUUCGGCCGCAGCCAAAGCAGGAGAAGCCAAGAGCACCACUGCCGCCUCCUCAGGCCUGGCUGCUGUCCUCAGUGCCUGCGAGCCGGUCUGUGCCACGCCCUGCAACCUGCAGGUGAUGAGCAGGUUGAGAGGAGGGACUGGGGGUGGGAGGAAGGCCCCACGGGCCGAGGGGGCCCAACUGGCUGGGGAGGAGUGGAGCCGCAAAGGGAGUUUCAUCAGCAAACCAGUUCAGGGCUGGCUCCAUCCGGACGAGAGGAUCCUAGGCCCUGGAGUCUCCUACAUCGUCCGGUAUAUGGGAUGCAUAGAGAUACUGCGGUCGAUGAGGUCACUCGAUUUCAACACCCGGACACAAGUCACUAAGGAAGCAAUCAACAGGCUCUAUGAGGCAGUCCCAGGUGUCAAAGGGACCUGGAAAAAAAAGGCACCUAACAAAGCUCUUUUCUCAAUUCUUGGCAAGAGCAACCUCCGUUUUGCUGGCAUUAAUAUAGCUGUCAACAUCUCCAUCGAUGGACUGAACCUCAUGAUUCCUACAACCCGACAGAUCAUCGCGAAUCACCACAUGCAAUCCAUCUCCUUCGCUUCGGGGGGCGACACGGAUACAACUGACUAUGUUGCAUAUGUCGCGAAGGAUCCCAUCAAUCAACGAGCAUGCCACAUCUUGGAGUGUUGCGAUGGGCUGGCGCAGAGUGUCAUCAACACCGUCGGACAAGCCUUUGAGCUCCGCUUUAAGCAGUACCUCCACAGCCCUCCUAAGACACAACAGGACAGGGCAAUGGGAACGGAAGACUCCACUUGGGGACAGGACGAGGAAGGCUCAGAGCACAACUAUUACAAUAGCAUCCCAGGAAAGGAGCCUCCCCUCGGAGGGGUGGUGGACUCCCGGCUCCAACUUGGCAGCAUCUUGAGCCGUGCGCACUCGCAGCUUUCAUGCACCAGUCAUUUCAGCCAGGUUGCGUCUCCUGCCCGGAGGGACCACAGCAGUCACGCAAACUUGAACUGGGAUGCUGAUCCUCAUGGCCAGAGCUGUGAUGGCUACGUCCAGGCUGAUGGAAAGCCUCUGGGCACCCAAGACUAUGAAGAGCACAUGUAUGUGAACACGCAGAGCCUGGACAACUGGGAGGCAGAUACUGGGGGCCACCGAGCAAUUGACGAGAGCCCCCCAAAAGACCUCUUUGACAUGAGGCCGUUCGAAGAUGCUUUAAAGCUUCAUGAAUCCAUGUCGGCUUGUGGUGUGGGGGGCGGCCCCCGCAUCGAGGACCAGUGGCCCAGCCCGCCUACCCGGAAGGCGCCCAUUGCUCCCACGGAAGAGCAGCUGAAGCAGGAGCCCUGGUACUGUGGGAAGCUGAGCCGGAGAGACGCGGAGAAGCUGCUGCAGGUGGACGGUGACUUCUUGGUGAGGGACAGCAUCACUAACCCGGGCCAAUACGUCCUGACUGGGAUGCAGAGUGGCCACCCCAAGCACCUGCUCCUGGUGGACCCAGAAGGAGUGGUGAGAACCAAGGACGCCUUGUUCGAAAGCAUCAGUCACCUCAUCAAUUACCACCUGCAAAACAAACAGCCCAUUGUCGCUGCUGAAAGCGAGCUCCAUCUGAGACAAGUGGCAAGAUGGAAACAGUGAUGAUCCUACGUGGAAUCUGGCCCUCUAUGUAGAAGCUGCCUCCACACUUCCCAUGAGCCGAUUGAAUUCAGGUCUGGCCGC